UACUGCUACACAGGAAUUUCCGGUAUCGUUUACGUACUAUUUUUGUUGUUGUUUUUGUUGUAAAGGUGUUUGGAUUGGACCGGAACCAGAGAGAGAGAGAGGGAGAGAGAGAUGGGGGACCGGCGCGGGAAGCUCCUCUCUCCCCGCGUCUCCAAGGGAACACUGCAGCUCCGCGUGAUCUUUCUGGACAACAGCGAGCGCGUCUUUGAGGUCGAGCAAAGGAUCCUGGGAUGUGACUUCUUCAACAAGGUGUGUGGCCACCUCAAGCUAUUGGAGAAGGAAUACUUUGGACUGGAGUUCAGACAUCACACUGGUAGUUAUGUGUGGCUGGAACAGUUGAAACCUCUAGCCAGUCAGAUAAAGAACACCAGUGAUCUGUUCUUCAGAUUCAUUGUCAAGUUCUUUCCUCCAGACCCAGGACAGCUGCAGAGAAGACUCACAAGGUAUCUGUUUUCUCUCCAGAUAAAGCAGGACCUCUCUACAGGCAGUCUUACCUGUAAUGACAACAGCGCCGCCCUGCUGGUCUCCCAUAUACUGCAGUCAGAGCUGGGAGACUACAAGGAGGAGUUGGACAUCCACCAUCUAGAGAUGAGAAGAUACGUCCCUAACCAGGAAUACCUGGACCACAAGAUUAUGAAGUUCCACAGGAAACACAGGGGUCACUCUCCUGCGGACUCAGACGUCCAUCUGUUGGAGGUUGCUAGGAAACUGGACAUGUACGGUAUCCGCCCCCACCCUGCCCACGAUGGCGAGGGCAUAAGACUCAACCUGGCCGUCACACACUCUGGGGUACUGGUGUUCCAGGGCAACACUAAGAUCAACACGUUCAGCUGGGCCAAGGUCCGUAAACUGAGCUUCAAGAGGAAACACUUCCUCAUCAAACUACACGACCAAAUAGGGCCGUCCCGUAAGGACACGGUAGAGUUUGCGAUGGCGAGUCGAGACGUUUCUAAGUCCUUCUGGAAGACCUGCGUUGAGUACCAUGCCUUCUUCAGACUGGCCAAAGAGCCACAGUCACGCAGCAAGACUCUGCUGUCCAGCAAAGGAUCCAGCUUCAGAUACAGUGGCAGGACCCAGAAACAGCUGAUGGAGUAUAUGCCCACAGGGGAGAAAAAACACAGACCUUUCGAAAGGUCCUACUGUAAGUCAGAGUCCAGACAGUGUAGAUCGUCUCCUGACCUCCUCACAGACGUCUCCAAACAGCUCUACGAGCAGUCCCACUCGUUCCCGCGCCCCGGAAGCCACAGCGAAGAGGAAGUGGAAAGACAACAACAGGAAGUGGGAGGAGCUAACCCUAAACGUAGCCAAUCAACUGUCGAAGUGGUCUUCUCCACGGAACUGCAGCGGUCCCGCCUCCCACAAGCUUUCCACCAAUCACUGGCCUCUCCUAAGCAAAGGUCCGCCUCUACAUCGGUAGACAUCCAGGAGAGGAGGGCAGGGGAGCAACGGCAGGGAGGGGCGGGGCAUCACCACGGUAACAGCAGGGCCAGACUUCGGCCCAAACCCCAGCCUGCCUCCGACGCGCAGCAAUUGGUCCUCCUAUAUCCCAAUAACCCUGCCUACCAGUUCCAUCCAGUCCUUCCAACGUUCCCAUUGGCCAGCUAUCCGCACGGACAUGCCUACUUUUUGGACGGUGCCGUAACCUCAUUGGAGCGUCUCCCGCAGAUGCAACGCUUAGACCACACCCUGUUGGAGGGGCUGACACACCCUUCUCUCUACACACGCUCUGAUUCGUCUUCCCUGUCGCCACUCAGGCGGAAUCUCCGUCCAUCCGGGCUGGGAUUGACCAGGGUCUACCACGGUGGGUUCUUGAGCGGAAACGCAGCCAGGAGUUUCGACGUCGGGAGAAUAGAGGCGGGACAUUACAGCGACGACUCCAACUUCCUGCCUGGACUUCCUCGUCGUGCCACCAGCCAACCGGACGUUAAGCUCCCCAGAGUAGUCCCCGCCUCCAACCCCGCCUCUGAGUUCCGUCCCUUAGGUUACUACCCCCACCUAUCACGUCACCAGACUCCACAAAGACCCUCCUACCUGCCUCUAAACUCCUCCCCCUUGCCAGACCGGCCCACCUCGCUGUGUGUUCUAGGGGGGGCUGGUGGAAGCUACAGUGAUUCAGACCCAGAGGUAAUCUACCCAUACUACUGCCCAGUACCCCCGUUGGGUAAAGUGGUACGGUCCAAUGCUCUGGCUAGGAUGAGAUUUUCCUCUGGGAGUUUACAACUGGAGGAGGAAGAGGGGGAAGAGGAGAGGUAUAGCAGUGGGGGAGAGGGUACGCCUCGAAUUACGAAACUGAGACUGUAGAAUAGUGGUGUGUGGGAGUAUAGAUCAACAGGUGUUGUGUGACGUGUGUGUGUUAUGUGUGUGUGUGUGGUCAGGGUGACAUUUGGUGUAUUCAGGAUGUUUUGUACAUUGAAGAGUUACUCCCCCCCCGAG